AUGCCCAAACUGUUAAGCAUCGGCUAUGGCUUGAUAUACCUACCUUCCGUGACCAUCUUGACCUCUUGGUUCCAAGCCAAGCGAGCUACAGCUACCGGGCUUGUAAUGGCAGGUAGCGGGGUAGGUGGCAUCAUCUAUGCCCUUCUGUUGCCACGCCUACUCGAGUCAUUCACUUGGCGCGGUAGCAUAUUCCUUCUUUCUGCGGUAAACCUCAACUGUAUAGUCACCGCAUGCCUCUUUCGGCCGGUACCAGAAGAGGCGGAUGUGGAUUUCGCCGCCUAUAAUGCUGCCAAG